UAGAAAAUGUAGAUAUGUGUUGGUACUCAGUCUUUUGUGGAAACGUAAUCAACAUUUCACGGUGCGGGAGGAUCGUGUUUUCAUCUCCAAUCGGGUUCAAUCUAGAUAGGGUAUUCUUUUAUGGCAAAUGAUCCAGAUAUCGAUGACGAAUUACGUGAGCUUUACAAGGAGUACACUGGCCCUCCGGGAUCUGCUACUACAAAUACGCAAGAGAGGGUAAAAUCAAACAAAAGGUCUAAUGCAGGGUCUGAUGAGGAGGAGGAACCUCGUGAUCCUAAUGCUGUCCCAACCGAUUUCACCAGCCGAGAAGCAAAGGUUUGGGAAGCUAAGUCAAAGGCUACUGAAAGGAAUUGGAAGAAAAGGAAAGAAGAAGAAAUGAUCUGCAAACUUUGUGGAGAAUCAGGGCAUUUCACUCAGGGUUGUCCGUCUACCCUUGGAGCAAACCGCAAGUCUCAAGAUUUCUUUGAAAGGAUACCAGCAAGAGACAAACAUUUGAGAGCACUUUUCACAGAGAAAGUUAUAAACAAGAUUGAAAGGGAUAUUGGCUGCAAAAUUAAGAUGGACGAGAAAUUUAUUAUUGUCAGUGGUAAGGAUAGAUUAAUUUUGGCAAAAGGUGUUGAUGCUGUGCACAAGAUUAGAGAGGAGGGUGAUCAAAGGGGCUCUUCUAGUUCUCACAUGACCAGAUCAAGGUCACCUGAGAGAAGUCCAGUUAAUGCUCGGUUUCAACGCUCUGAGCCCCAAAGGUCUCAUUCUGGACCACGAAAUACAUCUCAGUUUCAACAAAGGUUUGGUAGGCAAGAGCGGACUGUGGAAGACCGUGUCCGAGAGGACAUUCAAAAGUUUGCAAGAAGUUCUCCACAAGCUUAUGGAAGUAGUGGAGCUAGAGGUCGUUCAAGCCAGUCAAGAUCUCCAAGACAGGCCCCUUAUACAGGGAACUCAUAUAAUUCAUUUGAUGGCCGUAAUCAGAACAUGGGUGCUUAUAGGAAUGAUGGGUGGGAUUCCCAUAGAAGAGAAUCUGGUAUCCAACCAAGUCAUCAGUUUGAUUACAAUGCCUCCCCUCAGACUUUAGAAGAAUUAGAGUUGGAUUAUAAGAACGAGGCAUCAGAGCUAAUGAAAAUCCGUGACAGAGAAGAAGAUGAAGAAAAUUUCAAGCAUCGCGAGGCUAUUAGAGAUUUGAGGGAGAAGUACGUGAGCAAAGUUGCUUUGAUGAGGGCCACACACACAAAACACUGGGAAGAAUUUCUUCAGCUUGAUGCCCAAAGGCGUCAGCAGCAGACAAUUCAACCAAUGCCUUCUGGUUAUCGGGGCUAUAAACAGCACAAUUAUUCUGAAUAUGAUGGGUCCACCGUCAAUCCUACCUAUGCUGGAACCAAUUUACCCUUGGAAUCAAGGAACAGGUUCUCAGACACUAUGGAGAGUUAUCCUACUAGGGCUCAUGAUAAUUUUGGUGAAUUUCAGAGACGUGGAGAUUUUGCAAAAGCUUACAACAGAUAUUGAAAUUCUAUAUAUUAAUCAAGUGGGUCCACAUUGAUCGAGUAGGCGUUUAAUGCAUGGGAGCCCAUAAGGUAGGUAAGAUGUUGACUAAUCUAAGGAUUGGGAAGGGACUGCGUUCCAGUAGACGGAUCCAGUUCCUUUUUGGAUUAUGGUUGCUCAGCUUCGUUAAGAACUUUGCUGUAAGUUGUGAUGCAUUAUUGGGUUAUUAUCCCUAACUGGUAACAUGGUACUGCAGCUUGGUCAAUGUUGUGUUAUAGGGAGAUCCUCUGAAAGACUGGUUGAUUUCAGUACAAUGAAUUUUAUCAUUUGUUAAUACGCAGGUGUUUGAUGUACCCUAGAGGGUACUCAUGAAUUAUUGAGGUAUGGUUUCUCUAGGUACAUGGCCCCUCUUGCUAAUAUAAACUUAUCGAGGUGGUGGUCUAGUUACUUGGUAUCCCGUGAUAUCAAUAUCGAAUGAUGAUUGA